UCGUGGAGUCAGAGCCCCCUCCGGGGAACGUAUUUGUAGGGCGAUUCUGGUCCGUGGAGCCUGUCCGAACGAAGUCUUGGAGAGAUGAGUUGGGGCCUGGGCCGGGCUUCGCUCAGGCAGCUUUCCAGGCAGCCCCAUCGGGGCCCUUCUGGGGCCUACCUCCCUUUGAACCGCGGCGGCGGGCGGGCGCACAGUCUCCUGCACGCCUCAGAGUAGGGGCCUUCAUCCCCAUGGCCACGGCUGCAAGUCGGCCAUGCGCCGGCGGGUCGCGGGACGUCCUGUGGCGCGUUUUAGGCUGGCGAAUAGUUUCAAGUGUUGCUUGGUCGGUGCUGCUUCUCCCCAUCUGUACCACAGUAUUUAUAAUCUUUAGCAGCAUUGAUGUGUUUCAUCCUGUACAGUGGCUGUCAGAUUCUUUCAGUGAUCUAUAUAGUUCGUAUACAAUUUUUUACCUCCUGCUGCUGUCAACGGUAAUAGUGAUAAUAAAUAUUUUCAAUGUGGAGUUUUAUACAGUUGUGCCCUGUAUUCCCUGCUCCAGACUGGCACUCAUAGGGAAGAUCAUUCAUCCUCAGCAGGUCAUGCACUCGUUUAUGCAUGCUUCUAUGGGAAUGGUGAUGGCUUGGUGUGCUGCAGUGAUAACCAAGGGCCGAUACAGUUUUCUUGUGGUUCCCUGCACAGGUACUCAGAGCUUAGAUAGCCCUUCUGCACAAACCUGCUUCAAUGAAUAUCACCUUUUUUUCCUACUGGCUGGAGCAUUCAUAGGCUAUAGCUAUAGCCUUCUGUACUUUAUCAACAAUAUGAAUUAUCUUCCAUUCCCCAUCAUACAGCAAUACAAAUUCUUGCGCUUCAGGAGGUCUCUGUUCUUACUAGUUAAACAUAGCUGCAUGGAAUCGCUGUUCCUCGUUAGAAAUUUCUGCAUCAUGUAUUAUUUUUUGGGCUAUAUUCCCAAAGCAUGGAUUAGCACUGCUAUGGACCUUCGCAAAGAUACGCAGUUGCAUCCUCUUGACACUGUGAGUGGUCUCCUGAAUCUCUCAUUGCUCUAUCAUGUUUGGCUGUGUGGUGUCUUUCUCCUUACCACGUGGUACAUCUCUUGGAUGCUCUUCAAGAUCUAUGCUACAGAGGCUCAUGUCUUCCCUGUCCAGCCACCAUUUGCAGAAGAGUCAGAUGAAUGCCUCCCUCAAGUUUUAAACAGCAAUCCUCCCCUCAUCAUAAAGUAUUUGGCCUUGCAGGACCUGAUGUUACUCUCUCAGUAUUCUCCUUCACGAAGACAAGAGAUUUUUAGUCUUAGCCAACCAGGUGGACAUCCUCACAAUUGGACAGCCAUUUCAAGGGAGUGCUUGAAUCUUUUAAAUGAUAUGACUCAGAAACUGAUCCUUUACCAAGAAGCUGCUGCUACAAAUGGCAGAGUGAUAUCAUCAUUCCCCACAGAACCUACGAAACUCAACUCUCCAGAAGAAAUUACUUUUCAGACGCCAAAGUCUAGCCAGAUGACUCGGACUUCAGUGCCACCAGUAGCGAAAUCAUCUCUGUUUUCAUCAAAAUUAUCUACGCCUGAUAUUGCAAGUCCCCUUGGGGCCCCUUUUGGCUCUGGUGUAAUUAACCGGAUGGCUGGAAUUUUUGAUGUAAACACCUGCUAUAGCUCACCUCAGAGUCCUCAGCUAAUAAGAAGAGGGCCAAGAUUAUGGACUUCUGCAUCUGAUCAACACUUAACUGAAUUUUCAAAUCCUUCUCCAUCUACCUCUGUUAGUGCUGUGAGUAAGACAGUAGGACAACCCAGUGUGAUUUAUUCAUGGAUUCAGAAUAAACGUGAACAGAUUAAGAACUUCUUGUCAAAACGGGUGCUGAUAAUGUAUUUUUUCAGUAAGCACCCAGAGGCUUCCAUUCAGGCUGUUUUUUCAGAUGCUCAAAUGCAUAUUUGGGCAUUAGAAGGUCUGUCUCACUUAGUAGCAGCAUCAUUUACAGAAGAUAGAUUUGGAGUUGUCCAGACCACACUACCAGCUAUUCUUACUACUUUGCUGACAUUGCAAGAGGCAGUUGACAAGUACUUCAAACUUCCUCACGCUUCCAGUAAACCACCUCGGAUUUCAGGAAGCCUUGUGGACACGUCAUAUAAAACAUUAAGAUUUGCAUUCAGAGCAUCACUAAAAACUGCCAUCUAUCGAAUAACUACUACUUUUGGUGAACAUUUGAAUGCUGUGCAAGCAUCUGCAGAACAUCAGAAAAGACUUCAACAGUUCUUGGAGUUCAAAGACUAGUUAAGUAAUAUAAACUGUGUUCAUUACACUGCUGAUACAACUACAGAUGGGACAGUAAAUGUUCAGCAUUCUUGGAUCAGAAGAAAAUGGACUAAUUAGAUGCUUCCUUUGUCCUGGUGGUUGCUUUGAAAACUAUACUUUAAUGGGAGAAAUCAUGGAAAGAAAUUCUCAACAGAAUAACCAAAUGCUGCCUUUUCUGUACUGUUGCUUUUGUGUGUGUGGUAUAAUAAAGUCUUUUAUUCAAUUUUACAGAA